AUGGCUCCUGCAGUUCAGUAUCACCAGUCGAAAAUGUUCACUAUCACUACGAUAACCACCCAACAAGCAAGUCAGACAGCGGGCGUGGUGGAUUCAGCGGUAGCAGACGUACUUGCGAAUGAUGACGAUGUUUUGGAACGAGAGACAAGUACAUGUUGUCACAUCUCAUAUACACCAGUCACCAGCACGAAUAACACACAGCAUUCCGAAAAAGAGAGCGAUCACUUGCAAAUCCACGGUGUUGUGCCUGGUGGGAGAAGGGUAAAUGUGGAGACGAGUUCAAAUCCAGGGUCACCACCACUACACUCAGCGGCGACGACACCACACACACUGCCUCACGAGCAAACGACCGCAACCACACCACCUACACCCCGCAAAACAUCGUCAUCGUACCCCCGCCCCUCGCCCCCAGGUUUCCUCUACCCAGACCCCAUAGUCCCGCCCUCGGUGUCAUUGUCCCAGUUCGCAGACGCACUCGCAGACGCAAACGCAAUCACAGCUCCACGCGCGCUCAUCCCAAUGAGCCAACCAAAUACCGUCCUCAUCCGUCUACCAACGGAAUACAAACUCCUCCUCCUCGCAACGUUAAUCGUCGCCGUUCUGGCUGCCGCAUGGUCACUGCUCGUAUGCUGCAUGAGCGUGCCACCAGGCUGGUGGAAGAAAGGUUGGGGAAACGGAAAGGGGAAGAAGAAGGAGCGGAGGCCGGUGGAUAAGGUUAGUAAAUAUAGGGGUGUGAGGGAGACGCACGGUGGCGGACAAGAUGGAGAGGAAAUAGAAAUGCGACACCAACCGCGACAUACACUUCAACGAAAUAUCACGUGGGAUGGGCAGCAAGUUUCUUCAUCGUCGACAUAUGGAAAUAAUGCUACAGCGACAGUGAGACAACGAGUUGUUUCCUCUGCGCCUGGUACACCUUUCCCGCCUACUUCAACGUCAACGGCAGCGUCAGCCCUAACACCAAAUUCCACACUAUCCAGCCCUGUGAACCCCUUCCUCGACCCCCCUACCCCCAACACACUGCACGAGCAAGGACGUGUCCGACGUACUUCCAUGGAGUGGAAAAGGGACCAUGCAGCAUUCUUCCAUUCUACGUAUACGUCUUCUAGUCUGCAGAAUCCUUUCGCCGACACAUCUACACACACUGCGACGUCUACAUCAACAUCAAGAUUCACAUCCAUACCACUGACCCCCCGCCGGCCAUACUCACGCUCACGGUCGCCCCGACUAUCUCCCAUUCACCGCACAGACACUGAAGCGCUGGAAGCAAUGGAAGCGGGUACAGCACCGCCACCUGCGGGCAGUACGGCAGAUGAGAAGAGCGAUGUACUUAGUAAGAGUAUGAGUUUUAUUGGGGAGGGGCUUGGGAUAAUGGACGGGGCUGUUGAUGGGUUCGUUGCGAGGGUAGCGCGGUGGACGGAUGAUGAGGGGGGUGAGAAGGCGUCGUCGUUAUUGCCGUAG